UGAAUAUAUAACAAGUGAAUUAACAUUUAAUAUACUAUGCAUUAUCCAGGAAUAAUUUGACUUCUUUUGAGUUCAUAUUAUUCUUAUAACUAAUGUUAUUAACUCGGAAUUUAUUAACAAAUGGAUAUGUAACAAUUUCAGAUUACCUAUUUUGAGUAUAUUUAAUAAGCAAAUGAGAAAAGCUCGUUUUUACUUUUAUUUCAUAUAUGAUGGCUGGUUCACGUAGAGGAUUAGUAGCUCCACAAAAUAUAUUUCUUGAAACAGUCUUAAGACGAUUUAGUACACCACAAACUGGAUUAUUAAUUGCCAAUGCUAGAAUAGUUGAUCAUCCAAUAAUAUAUGUCAAUGAAAGUUUUACUAAAAUGACAAAUUAUACAAGUCGUGAAAUGAUGCAUCAAAAUGCUAUAUGUCGUCAAUUACAUGGUAAAAGAACAUCAAUUAAUUCAAUUGAAAGAUUGAAAAAUGCAUUAGAUGAAGGUUAUUUUGAUCAAGUUGAAAUUACUUUAUAUAAAAAGAAUCGUUCAAUGAUUUGGGUUAUUAUGUGUGUGGCUCCAGUUGAAAAUGAUAAACAUGAAAUACCUCUAUAUCUUAUUUUAUUUUAUGAUAUAUCACCACUCAGACAACCACUGGACGACGAGACACUUAGUGGAAGUUUUAGUAAAUUUGCCAAGUUGGCACGUUCAGUGGCUCGUAAUAAAACUGUGUUAUCACAAGUUGAACUAGACGACUCAUUGGUUGCUGUUGCUCCCAUUCAAAGUAACAGUAUACCAAAAUACCGUCAAGAGUCACCAAAAACACCUCCACAUGUUGUAUUACAUUAUUUAACAUUUAAAACUGCCUGGGAUUGGAUAAUAUUUUUAUUAACUGGUUAUACAUGUAUUAUUAUUCCGUAUAGUGUUGCAUUCGGUCAUGAUACAUUAUCAGAAGAAUCAAUAUACUUUGCUGUUGAACAUAUAGUUGAUAUAAUAUUCUUCAUUGAUAUUGUUUUAAAUUUCCAUACAACUUUUGUUGGCUCAUCUGGUGCGGUUAUUUCAGAUCCAGUAUUGAUACGUUUGAAUUACUUAAAAGGUUGGUUUAUAGUUGAUUUAAUCUCUUCGCUACCAUUUGGAAUUCUAGCAGUAUUUAGUGAUCAUACAACAUUAGUCAAUUUGUCCAGUAUAUUAAAACUAGCACGUUUAUUACGAUUAUGUCGAGUAUUGAGAAAAUUAGACCAAUAUUUGGAAUAUGUGGCGUCAAUUUUAUUAAUUAUGCUAUUCUGCUUUAUACUAUUAGCUCAUUGGUUAGCCUGUGUCUGGUAUUUAAUUGGAAUGCAUGAUUUAAAAGAUAAAAUUUAUCAUGGUUGGAUAAUACAUUUAAUGAAUGAAACAACUGGUCCAAAAAAUUGGUCUAAUACAUCAUUAGAGGAAUAUUUGCCAUCACAAUCUAUGCUAUACAUGACAUCAUUUUAUUUUACUUUAUCUGUGAUAACUAGUAUAGGAUUUGGAAAUGUUGCAGCGAAUACAAUAUCAGAAAAAGUUGUUUCUAUUAUUUUUAUGCUAAUUGGAGCACUUGUUUAUGCUACAAUAUUUGGUAAUGUGGCGACUAUUUUACAACAAACACAUGCAACUCGUGCAAGACUUAGACAAUUAAUGUCUAGUGUGAAAGAUUUUUUACGAAUUCAUGAAGUACCUAAAGAAUUAGCUGAACGAGUUAUUGAUUACGUAACAUCAAGUUGGUCGAUCACAAAAGGUGUAGAUACACAAACAGUAUUGAAUCACUGUCCAAAAGAUAUGAAAGCUGAUUUAUGUGUUCAUCUUUAUCGUGCUGUAUUUAGUGAGCAUCCAGCUUUUCGACUAGCCAGUGAAAGUUGUCUUAGAGCUUUAGCUGUUUCAUUUACAGUUCAACAUAAUGCUCCUGGUGAUCUAAUCUUUCAUCAAGGUGAAAGUAUUGAUCAGUUAUGCUUUGUAGUAUCUGGAUCUUUAGAAGUAAUACAAGAUGAUGAAAUAGUAGCUAUCCUGUCAAAAGGUGAUAUAUUUGGUCAACCUAUAUUUAAGGAUACAGAUGUUGGUCAAAGUGCAGCAAGUGUACGUGCUUUAACAUACUGUGAUUUACAAUGUAUUAAACGGGAUAAACUUAUAGAUAUUUUAAAAUUUUAUUCACAAUUUGCAGUUUCAUUCUCUCGGACACUUGUACUCAGUUAUAACUUGCGUAAUCGUUUAAUAUUUCGCAAAAUAUCUGAUGUCCGAAGAGAACAAGAAUUAAAUGAAUUAAGACGAAGUCAGCCUCCAAUAUCAAGUUUAGCACCAGACCAUCCGGUAAGACGAUUAAUAUCCCGGUUUUGCAAUGCAGCUACAUCAAAUUUAAGCCGUUCUAGUUCAUUCAGUUCAAAUGAACCCCGAGAAAGUGGAAAAACAAGUGGAAAAUCAAAUGAUACAUCGUUGAGUGCUACAAAUCCUAUACCAGAAACUACAUCAUCAGAAUGUGUUCCAAGUUUAACAAAGCCAAAAUUAAGUUGGAGUCGACUUCUUGAUGUACCUAAAACAACAUUAUCAACACAAACCACAAUAAAAAUAACAACUACAACUACAAUGGCAACAACAACAACAACACUAACAACCAAUACUCAUCAAUCUAUUACAAUAAAUAAUGAAACUAUAAAACAAACAAAACAACAUGAUGAUAAAAUUCAAUUAUCAACUAAGUAUUCUAAUGCAUUCAUUAUAAAUAAAUUAAAUAAUCAAGAUAUCAUUGAAGGUGAACAAGAAAAAUUUCAUAAAACUAUUAUGCAACAUAUUGAAUUAUUAAGGAAUAAUUUUUUAACAAAUAUACGUACUUUAUCAAGUCGAAUAGAUUUAAUUGAUCAAAGAAUAACACGUAUAACACAAUUUAUUAACCAUCAUCAUCAUAAUAAUAAUCAAGAAAUGAAAAGUUUGUAAAAAAAAAUAAUUUUUAUGCAUAAUUAAAAGUGAAAUUUUAAAAUUGUUAUAAGUACUACUUAUAUACUACCACUAAUAAUAAUAAUGACAGCAGUAUGUAACGAUAUACUACUGAGUGAAAGAAAUUUAAAACAGAUUACUCUUAUUCAUCUCUAUAUAUAAUUUAUUUUAAUAAAUAAAUGUUUAGGGGAUUUACUUAUAA